AUGAAAAGAAUUCUACUGGCAGACGACCACAGCUUUAUACGCCUGGGACUUAUCCAGAUCCUGAAAGACGAAUACCCCUCUGUCGAAAUUACUGAAGUAAGCGAUGGAGACUCGCUGGUAAAACAAGUAAUGGAUCACGACUGGGAUCUGGUGAUUUCGGAUCUGGAUAUGCCGGGCCGGGGCGGACUGGAAGCAUUGAAACAGGUGAAGCUGAUUAAACCCCAGUUACCGGUACUGAUACUCAGCAUUUUUACAGAAGAUCUGUACGCGGUAAGGGUAUUGAAAGCCGGCGCCGCUGGUUAUAUGAACAAAAAUGUGGCGCCCUAUGAGUUAAUUAAGGCUGUUAACAGGAUACUUUCCGGCAGAAAAUACAUUACCCCGGAGGUUGCCGAGAAACUGCUGGACAACCAGGAAAAUGGCAAAGAGCCCCACGAACUGCUUAGCAACAGGGAAUUUGAGAUCUUUAAAUUGCUGGCGCUGGGCAAAACCACCAGCCAGAUUGCUGAGGCACUCUCAGUUGCCAUGACCACUGUAAGCACCCACCGGAGCAGAAUAAUGGAAAAAUUAAACUUAUCUACCAACUCAGAGCUUACCCGCUAUGCCAUCAUGCAUCAUAUUAUCGCAGAUGUGUAG